AUGGCGACCCAUUUCUUCUCUCGCUCGAUUCCCAAGUCCCAAGCCGUGGCUUCAUUUCUCUCUCGCUCCCUCUCCACCGCCACCUCCGCCACUUCCCUAUCCACCACCGCCGCCCAAUCUCGCUCUUCUUCGCUUUCUCUCCUCCACCGCCUCCGCCCUCUCGCUGGAGUCAUGGCUUCCGCCGGAAGGCUCUCCCCUGCAAUCGUCCGGUGCUUGUCGACCAGAUCGACGACGUCGUCGCUCAGGGACCCGAACCCUAACUGGUCGAACCGGCCUCCCAAGGAGACGAUCCUCCUCGAUGGGUGUGACUUCGAGCACUGGUUGGUUGUCAUGGAGGCCCCUCAGGGUGAUAUCACUAGGGAUGAGAUCAUCAAUAGCUACAUCAAAACCCUGGCUACCGUCGUCGGAAGUGAGGAAGAAGCAAGAAUGAAGAUCUACUCAGUUUCAACUAGGUGCUAUUAUGCGUUUGGGGCGCUUGUAUCUGAAGAGGUUUCACUCAAAAUCAAAGAGUUGCCUGGAGUCCGUUGGGUACUUCCCGAUUCCUACUUGGAUGUUAAGAAUAAAGAUUAUGGAGGUGAACCUUUUAUUAAUGGCCAAGCAGUGCCAUAUGAUCCCAAGUACCAUGAGGAAUGGAUAAGAAACAAUAGUCGAGCAAAUGAGAGAAACAGGCGUAAUGACAGACCUCGUAACUUUGACAGAUCAAGGAACUUUGAAAGGAGAAGGGAAAAUAUGCAGAAUCGUGAUUUUCAGAAUACGGGUCCAUCUCCUAUGCCUAAUCAAGCUGGGCCAAAUUCGGGACCUGGACCUGCCAACAUGGGUCCUCCACCCCCCAACAGGGGUCCAAUGUCUCCCAACAUGGGUCCUCCACCCCCCAACAGGGCUCCAAUGUCUCCCAACAUGGGUCCUCCACCCCCGAACAGGGCUCCAAUGCCACCUCCCAACAUGGGUCAACCAAACAACUACAAUAAUCCCCAGCCAAGCAACAACUGGAAUUCUGGGCCACCAAACAGCUAUAAUCAGGCGCCUCCCAACAGCUACAAUCAGAUGCCGCCCAACAACUACAAUCAGAUGCCUCCCAAUAACCCGGGAGGGGUGCCACCAAACAACAUGGCUCCGCCUUCUAAUGCAGGAUGGAAUGACCCUGGACAAUACCAGAAUAACUACACGCCAGACAGGGAUGCUGGAGUCAAUCCUGGUCCAAACCGUUACUAAGCUUGAGGCUAGUUGCAGUAUGAUGAAUCUUGGAAGGCAUGUUGUAGAUAAACGAGGAGGUUGCUCGAGAUGGGCUGUAGGUUUCAAUGUUUCUGGUCUUGAAUGAUAUUUCGUUUGGCAGAUUGCUGUGGUCAGAUCGUGGUUGCCUUUCAUCCGAAUAUGAUUACACUUUCAAGGUCAUAUCUUAUGCGAUUAGUCGUAUCUUUACGUUGGUGCGCAGCAUGAGUUCUUUCAGGUAGUGCACAUAUUGACAGAAAGCAGACUGCAUGGGGAUCCUUGUUAAAUGGAACAUGUUAAUUUGCAGUACUCUCUGAAGAUUAUGUGUUGCUAUUCGUUCGUAGAUUGUUUUUGCAUAUUUUGGGGGUGAUGUUAUUUUGCUAGAAAAAUGACAUGUUACAUUGUCAAUUUGGUAA